CAAUUAGGUAAGGGCAGGGGGUGCGAGGCCACACCUCCCCGCCAGUCUGGCAAGUCACUAACGGCGGAGUGUUAUCUGGAACAGGGGUGAGUGGGCGAACAGUAAGUCCAUCACCCAUACAGUACACCGGAGUGGGGCCGUGGGCAUCGCAGGGAGUGGUUGGCUCGGGCACUGAGCCUGGCACUGUUAGUGAUUUGGGGGAACGCAGGGAGCCGCCCUGCACCAGUCCGGGACACUGUAUAGAGAUCUCCAUUCUAUCCGUGAUCUGACCCUACCGCCGGGCUCCGCUGUUUUGCAUACAGCCAGAGAAGAGAUCAGCAGCAUCAUGCCCCGCACCGGCCGUGUGCCACUCUGGAACUCUGCAGGCUGCUGAGAGCACUGUCCGGCCACUUCUGAUGCUAUCAGGAGACAGGGAGCCACACACACACAUACACCACCUAGUAAGCGCUAUGUACAGCAUUGCAGCCUGCAGAUAACUUUUGCUAUCAUUGCAGACUACACAGACAUUAUUUGCUGGUGUUGUGUUUUGUGUCCCCAGGUCUUGCUGCAGAGUGACUUGCUGCUCUUGCCAUUCCCUUAGUGAUACAUCAGCUCAUUGGUCAUCAUGGCAGAUGAUCAGCACACCUCUCCCUCUACCCCUGGCUCCGAGCUGGUGUCUGUUUUGUGGACUGUGGGGCAGACCCUUUUACUUCUGCUACCUGUAUACCUGUGUGGAUACCUGGGACUGAGUGUACUCUUUGUGAUAUUGGGAUUGCUUGUAUAUUUGGGCUGGAAGACUACACGGAAGAGCAAAUGGAAUAGCCUAAAAUCAGCGCUUGAAACCUUACAGAAUGAAGAAGAAGCCAUCACCGCUACCACCAUAUUCAAGACUAAGAAAGAGCUACCUUCCUGGAUCACUUUCCCGGACAUAGAGAAAGCAGAAUGGCUGAACAAGAUUGUGGCACAGAUGUGGCCAUUUAUCGGACAGUACCUGGAAAAGAUGCUGACAGACACUAUAGCUCCUUCAAUCCGUGCAUGCAAUACUCACCUCUCCACUUUUCACUUCACAAAGAUCAACCUUGGUGAGAUGGCCCCAAAGGUGAUUGGUGUUAAAGCUCAUACAGAGAUGGACAAAAAGCAAAUUAUUCUGGACCUGAAUAUCAGCUACGUUGGUGACAUUGAGGUAGAUGUGGAGGUGAAAAAAUAUUUCUGCAAAGCGGGAGUUAAUGGCAUGCAGCUGCGUGGAAUGCUGCGUGUCAUCUUAGAGCCACUGAUUGGCGACGUCCCUAUUGUGGGUGCUAUAACAUUAUUCUUCAUACGACGUCCAAUGUUGGACUUAAAUUGGACCGGGCUCACAAACUUACUGGACAUUCCUGGACUGGAUGCACUGUCCGAUACAAUGGUUAUGGACAUUAUUUCUGGGUUCCUGGUUCUCCCAAAUCGCCUCAGUAUCCCUCUUGCACAGGAUCUUCACAUGGCAGAGCUACGAUCUCCGCUGCCGAGGGGCAUUGUGCGCAUUCAUCUGGUGGAAGCCCGGAGUCUGCCUUCCAAGGAUUUUCAGAUGGGUGGAAUUCUGUCAGGAAAGUCGGACCCUUAUGUCAUCUUGCGUGUGGGGACACAGGUCUUCACCAGCCGCAUCAUUAAUGAAAAUCUGAACCCUGUGUGGAAUGAGAUGUACGAGGUUAUAGUGCACGAGGUGCCCGGCCAGGAGCUGGAAGUGGAGUUGUUUGAUAAGGACCCUGAUAAAGAUGACUUUUUAGGAAGAAUGAAGUUAGAUCUCGGCGAAGUGAAGAAAGCCCAUUCCCUGGACAUGUGGUAUACAUUAAAGGACACAAAAAGUGGUAAACUUCAUCUCCGCCUGGAAUGGCUCACACUGCUGUCUAAUGCUUCCCAACUGGAGCAGGUGAUGAAUAUUAACAGAGGGAUAACUGCAAAAACAAAUGAGGAACCUUCUGCUGCUAUUCUCAUUGUCUACUUGGACCGGGCUGAGGAUCUCCCUCUGAAAAAGUCUGUCAAGCAGCCUAAUCCUAUGGUACAGCUGUCGGUGCAGGACAUGACACAGGAGAGCAAGACAGUGUACAACACCAACUCCCCUUUAUGGGAACAGCCAUUCCGCUUCUUCCUGCGUAAUCCCAGCCUGCAGGACCUGGACAUACAGGUGAAAGAUGAUGAUCGCCAGCAUUCUUUGGGCUCUUUGUCUAUUUCACUGGGCCGCAUCCUUUCUGCUGAUCACUUGACUCUAGACCAGUGGUUUCAGCUGGAGAACUCUGGACUAAGAAGCAGGAUCUAUAUGAAACUUGUUAUGAGGAUUCUUUAUUUGGACCCAUCUAUACCUGUGGUGACUGGGAACGAUAGUCAUGAUGUAGAGGAGGCUGCACAUGGUUCCAGUGUGGACAUGCCCCCAAAGCCCAGUAAAACCAGCCCUCCUGAGAACUUUGCCCCUGAGAACGUGCUCCGUGUAUUCUUACUGGAGGCAGAAAACCUGGUGGCGAAGGAUAACUUUAUGGGAGGCAUGAUUAAAGGAAAGUCUGACCCUUAUGUUAUAGUACGAGCUGGAGGAAAAUCUGUACGCACACGAGUGGUGAAAGAGAACCUGAACCCGCGCUGGGACCAGGUCUUUGAGAUAUUGGUUACGGAUGUCCCUGGGCAAGAUAUUGAGUUUCAAGUGUUUGAUAAAGAUAUUGACAAAGAUGAUUUCCUUGGAAGCUGUAAAAUUGCUGUGAAAAAUGUUCUGAAACAGAAAACUAUUGAUGAGUGGCUGCCCCUGGAGGAUGUAAAGUCAGGAAAGCUGCAUGUCAAAGUAGAAUGUCUGUCUCUUCUUACAGACCCUGCUCAGCUAGAACAGGUGUUGCUGUUGAACAGUCUGUCUCAACCCGCUCAAAGUGAGGAAUUCUCUACUGCCCUACUGGGCAUCUAUCUAGAACGAGCCAAUGACUUGCCGAUGAAGAAAGGAGUCAAGUUCCCAAUUGCAAAUGCAGAGAUAACCGUGAGGAAAACUAGCUACAAGACCAAGAUCACCUCAAAGAGCAGCAAUCCAGUAUGGGAUGAAAGCUACGUAUUCCUUGUCAAGAACCCCCAUAUUGAAACUCUGCAGCUUAAUGUUCAGGAUGAAUCUAAUAAGUCUCUAGGGUCUCUCACCCUCCCGCUCUCUGAUCUUCUGACUGCUGAGUCCCUGACUCUUGAUGGGUGGUUUCCUCUGAGUACAUCUGGAGUGAAUAGUGAAGUUCUAAUGAAACUUCAGAUGAGGAUUCUGGCCUCUCCCAAUGUCAGUCCUGAGCUCCGUUCUCUUAGUGUUGCAUCCUCUGAUCCUGCCAGACCUCCGAGUCCACAGAAUUCCGCAUUUAGCUUGGAGUCUGCACUAGACAAUGGUGAGAGCUCUGCCGGAGAGUUGAGACAAAGGCUGCCACAUAUAAACAGUGAUUCAGGGCCUAUAAACCCCACUAUAGGUCAGCUGCACGCGACAGUGUAUUACCCUGCAAAGGAAGGAAAGCUAUUAGCAGUGAUGCACAGCUGCAGGAAUUUAAGUGUUAGCUCCAAAGAUCUCCCUGAUCCUUACCUAUCUGUCAUAUUGAUGCCUGAUAAAAGCCGUGCCACAAAACGAAAAACCAGUGUUAAGAAACGGACCAGCAAUCCAGAGUUCAAUGAAAAAUUAGAGUGGGAAAUUCCACUGGAAGAAGCAUCAAAGAGGAAGCUUGAAGUCUGUGUGAAAAACAGUGUGUCCUUCAUGUCACGGGAGAAGGAGCUGAUCGGAAAGGUUAUCAUUGACCUUUCUCAGGUGGACUUGUCUAAAGGACUGAACCAGUGGUAUGAUCUGAAGAGCGAGGCGACAAGUGUCUAACAGCACCUGCGAGGAUGGGAUGAGCCAUUAGUCUCCUUCAGCCGAACGUUCCCGCUGAUCCUUGCACUGCUUCUGUCUCGUCCAGUCUCCUGAACACUGAGCUUAGCCAAGGAAAAGGGCGAUGUGUCACUCUGGUGGCAUGUCUGACAGAAAGUAAGAUUUCUUCAUGAAAACCAAGGACAUUCCUGGGUCCCGAUACUCUUUGGGACCACUAUGUUACCCGACACUUCUGGUAUCUGAAGGAUAAACGUCUCCUGUGGACUGCAGCCCUCUCGCUGCAAGUCAGCGCUGUCCCUGCUGUCCCUUUCCUCCAUUCCAUUGAUAUUGGGAUGUGGAAGUGUUUACAUGCAUUGUUAUGUGUUAGUAUAGAACAGAUGGAGGAAAUAGGAUGGUUACAGCUGAUUUGAGUAAAGGGCCCCAUACUCUAGAACGAUUAUGCCCGAUUUCAGCCCAAUUCGGGCCGAUAUAUUGGGUGAAAUCGGGCAUUUUGGCUGUGUAUCGGAUCCGAUGCGCAGCCCCGUGAGCGAUGGUUGGACUCCUCUAGGUCGUUAGUGCUGCACUCGUGAUAUGUCGGUUCCCGCAGACAUGGCUGGGAUCGCAUACGAUAUAUCACAUGCAAAAUGUACCGAAUCGUAUGGAACCACUCCAGGGAAGCUCCUGGGAGAGUUAAAGGGAAAUCGCCUCCGACUUCAGCCUCAGACAUAUCGUUGUAGUGUAUGGGGCCCUUUAGACUUACUGAAAUAUUCCUCCGUGUACAUCCAAUGUCGACAUUUAUUACUCUGAGGACGGUGUCACACGGGGCUUUUCCAGCUUCACAGGUGCUCAUGCCUCAUUUCUAUAGUGUUUUAUCACUGGAAAGGUGUAGCGCUUUCCGUCUCUCGGAUUGCAGUGAGCAUUGCUCCAUUACAGUGUACUUCAAUGGGAGGCAUGCACCCAGAACCCUGCGUUUUAACGGCCGCUUCAGUAUUUAAAGUGCUCAUGUGGCAUCCCUGCUAUUUAAACAAAUCCUUCCAGGUGGGAGGCUCAGGCACUGUAUGUAAAUGCUGAGUGACAAGCACCCCUGUGGCACCACCCUUAUAACAGCAUUCCCAAAGACUGUCAAAUCCAAUAGGUCAAUGUGUCGCUUUUAUAUUUACCAGUUAUGCCCACUGCUGCAUAAUGUUUUAUUACCAGCCUUUUCUGCUUUUAUGCACAUUUUUAAUUUCAUAUAAAUUAAUGUGUUUUUGCACAAUGUAAGAUGAAGCUUAUGGAGCGUUUAGCUGGAGGCCUGCUGGGACUUGUAUUUCACAGCAACUAAGCCUGCACAUUUGUUUUCUAUAUAGGAAUAAUAUGUGCCACAAUGUUGUGUUCGUGGCCUAAAUUUCCCCAAUACAUAUUACAAGGGUUAGACAUUCCUCCUACUGCGGAGCAGUACAAACGCACCACAAUACCUGGCUUAGCCACAGCAAAUCAAGUUACUGAAUUUGUUACAGGAUUCAACACAAAAGCUUUGGCAAAAAUGAUUAAAAUGAAACCAUUUGCCAUCUAUUAUCUAUUUUACAUGUCCAAUUUUGCAAUCUAUAAUAGAAAUUAUAGAUUGCAACAAUUUGCUGACUCAUUGGCGGUCUCUGGCCUUUACCUGCAAUCAUUGUCCUGCAUCUCGUCACUUGCUAAAUCUCCGCCUUUGUACUUUUAUAUCCUUAUUUGGUGCCUUUGGUGUCUCUAGUGCUAACUUUGCUUGUGGGUAAUCCUGUUCUUCAUGCAGGACAUGAGGCAACUAAAGAUACAUGUGUAUAUAAGUAAUAAUUAUAGGCUCAAAAUAACAUGAUUGGCUGGCUCUGGUUUAUUACAAGUGUUCAGGGGUUUCUAUAUCACCAUGUCUACAUAGUUUGGGGACCCCAAAAAUACAGUUGUGCACUAUGGUUUGUCAAUACUGCAUUGUAAUGUGUCCUAACUAGCUGCUAAAUGUUUAAGGCUUUCAGAACAUAGUUGGAGAAAAUGAAGUACAUAUUAAAAAAAUGCUAUUUAUCCUUAUAGAAGUUUGAUUUGCGUUACCCAAUCAGAGAGAGACUAUUCACUUCCUGGAUUGUGCUCCAGAUUUAUACUCCUGAUUAAUUAUUCUUCCGAUCAUAUUCCUGAUUACUAUUCUCCCAAUUAUGCUCUUGAUUUAUUAUUCUCCCAAUUUAAUUUGUCCGUGAAGCAGCCGUUAAUGGUUUGUGACUGAUAACCAAGAGCUGUGAAUUAUAUCAUGCUUUGUCUGUUUACAGUAGUUUGCAAAUAUUGAAGACAUCAAAAGAAGCAAAAACUUAGUGCUAUACGUUGUUUGUUUUUAUUAUUUUUAUAUUUGCAUUUGAUAUUUCUAAAAUAAGAUUUUAAACUGUAGCUGUGACUAGCACAAGCACUGUAUUGUACAGUGGUGCUUGAAAGUUGGUGAACCCUUCAGAAUUUUAUAUAUUUCUGCUGAAAUU